AUGUAUCACCCACAGCACCUUCCCAACUAUGUAUCACCCACAACACCUUCCCAACUAUGUAUCACCCACAACACCUACCCAACUAUGUAUCACCCACAGCAGCUUCCCAACUAUGUUUUACCCACAGCAGUUUCCCCUCCCAACUGUGUAUCACCCAAAACACCUUCCCAACUAUGUAUCACCCACAACACCUUCCAAACUAUGUAUCACCCACAACACCUUCCCAACUAUGUAUCACCCACAACACCACCCCAACUAUGUAUCACCCACAGCACCACCCCAACUAUGUAUCAUCCACAGCAGCUUCCCAAUUAUGUAUCACCCAUAGCAGUUUCCCCUCCCAACUAUGUAUCACCCACAACACCUUCCCAACUAUGUAUCACCCACAACACCUUCCCAACUAUGUAUCACCCACAACACCUUCCCAACUAUGUAUCGCCCACAGCAGUUUCCCCUCCCAACUAUGUAUCACACACAACACCUUCCCAACUAUGUAUCACCCACAACACCUUCCCAACUAUGUAUCACCCACAGCAGUUUCCCCUCCCAACUAUGUAUCACCCACAGCACCUUCCAAACUAUGUAUCACCCACAACACCUUCCCAACUAUGUAUCACCCACAACACCUACCCAACUAUGUAUCACCCACAGCAGCUUCCCAACUAUGUAUCACCCACAAUACCUUCCCAACUAUGUAUCACCCACAACACCUUCCCAACUAUGUAUCACCCACAACACCUACCCAACUAUGUAUCACCCACAGCAGUUUCCCCCCCAACUCUGUAUCACCCACAACACCUUCCCAACUAUGUAUCACCCACAGCAGUUUCCCCUCCCAACUGUGUAUCACCCACAACACCUUCCAAACUAUGUAUCACCCACAACACCUUCCCAACUAUGUAUCACCCACAACACCUUCCCAACUAUGUAUCACCCACAGCAGUUUCCCCUCCCAACUAUGUAUCACCCACAACAUCUCCUCAACAAUGA